UCUUUUUCUUAUCAAAUGGGACGGAAUUUGAGUCCGGUGCUACGACGCGAGUUGGAAAAUCUCGAUAAAGACGCAGAUAGUCGAAAAUCAGCGAUGAAAGCGCUAAAAUCAUACGUUAAAGAUUUGGAUUCGAAGGCGAUUCCGAUCUUUCUUGCUCAAGUUUCCGAGACUAAAGAGACCGGAUUAACAUCCGGUGAAUACACGAUCUCGCUUUACGAGGUUCUUGCUCGUGUUCAUGGCACCAAAAUCGUAUCUCAGAUCGACAACAUCAUGUCGACUAUCAUCAAGACUUUGACUGCUAGUGCGGGCUCGUUUGCUCUUCAUCAGGCUUGCUCAAAGGUGGUCCCCGCGAUCGCGCGAUACGGAAUGGAUCCCACGACACCUGAUGACAAGAAACGGGAAAUUAUUCGAUCUCUUUGUAAACCUCUUUCGGAUUCUCUUUUAUCGAGCCAAGAGAAUUUAUCGUCGGGUGCUGCCCUCUGCCUGAAAGCGCUUGUGGAUUCGGACAACUGGCGGUUUUCGUCUAGCGAUAUGGUGAACGAGGUUUGUCAAAGAGUUGCUGCGGCUUUGGAGAAGCCGAUGCAGGCGAAUUCGCAUAUGGGUUUGGUUAUGUCGCUAGCAAAGCAUAAUGGUUUGGUCGUGGAAGCAUAUGCGAGAUUGUUGGUUCGGUCUGGUCUCGAGAUUUUGAACAUGGGUAUCGCUGAAGGGAACUCUCAGAAACGAUUGUCGGCCAUCCAAAUGGUGAAUUUUCUGAUGAGGAGUCUCGAUUACAAGUGUAUUAUGUCGGAACUGAGCUUUGUAAUCGAAGAAUUGGAGAAGUGUCACGAUGAUCAAAUGGCGUAUGUUAAAGGGGCGGCUUUUGAAGCAAUACAAACGGCAAAAAGAAUCUUGAUCGAGAAAGGAUCAAGAUAUGAGCGGAAAAGAGACCAAUCACCUGUCACUCGAUUGCCUCGAUCGCCUCGAUCGCCUCAAUCACAAACAAUGGAUUCUUACGACGACUAUGCUUCAAUGGCAUAUUCGCCAUUUUCAAUUAGCUUUGCAUCUCGAGAUGAGAAUUCCGACAGAAGUGUGAAUCGGAAACUCUGGAGGAGGUUUGAAGAUGGCACCGUGGAUGUCUCCCUGAAAGAUGGAUUGUUUUCGGGUGAGAUGGGCACUCCUAGGAGUGUGAUUGAAAACUCCGAGCAUAAUGAUUAUGCAGACGGAUUUUCGGGGUUCAUGCAGAGUAGCACAACUAAUGGCGACUCGAGAAGCGCCACUCCUAGUCCUCAGAGAUCAAGAUCGUACCUUAAUAUCGACAACAUGAACCUCUUCGCGACUCCCAGAAAACUGGUGAAGUCUCUUCAAGUUCCAUCAGAGAACCAAAGCAGAAGAUUCAAAAGCCCUUAUUAUGAUCAAAACGGGAUCGAAAGUGAGAGUUUAACAAAUGAAGAUGAACAGUUUAAUGGUACCUCGGAGUCGGUGUCUUCUACUGAAGACAUUAUCCCUCCGAUUACGAACGGGAAUACGAAUUUGCAGCCGUCUGAAGAAGUUGUUCCUGAAACGGAUGUGAAACCUCGGACAUGGUCUGGUGUCAGCAUUGCUUCUGGAUUAUUUGUUGUGUUGAUUGCAGUUGUUUGUUUCUUGUUGGUUCGAGAUCUAGAUGACGGUUGCAACCUCGUUCCGACAUAGUUUUGAUCUCCAGUUCUGUAAAAGGAGUUUGUUGUAGUUUUGAUGAAAUUUCAUUUGUCAAGUUCUUUAGAUUUGUGGCAAGCAUCCAUGAAAUUUUUUGCUAUGUUCUUUCAAAAGAGUGUCUCCUUGCAUCCAAGUAACAUGAUAGGCUUCAAUGCAGACGUAUUUGAAUUCUUUCUUGUUCAGACAAAUUAAGGUAGACGAGUGAAAGA